AUGGCGUGUCCCCUGGAGCAGGCGUUGGCUGUGAUGGUCACCACCUUCCACAAGUACUCGGGGAAGGAGGGGGACAAGUUCAAGCUCAGCAAGGCAGAGCUCAAGGACCUGCUGAACAAGGAGCUGCCCAUCUUCGGGAGCAAACAAAUGGAUGAGGCGGAAUUCAAGCGGCUGGUGAACGACCUGGACCACAACAAGGACAGCGAGGUGGAUUUCAAGGAGUACGUGUGUUUCCUGGCCUGCAUCACCAUGGGCUUCAACGACUUCUUCAAGGACGACCCCAGCAAGCAGCACCGCAGGAAGUGACCCCCCAACC